AACAGCUCUGCGCCACAAACUGCACUUCUGCAACAGACGAGUCCCCAGACCAAGACCAGACCAAGUCCAAGACCAAGACCAGACCAAGACCAAGACCAGACCAAGACCAGACCAAGAGCAAGACCGGGGACUUUACUGGAAGAAGCAGGACUAGACGAGCUGCAGAAGGUCGAGAACUUGAUAGUCAUGGUGGUUUUGAACGGGUUUCGAUGGGUCUGAGCUGGUCUCUGUGGAUCUGAACCGGUUUUGAGGGGGUCUAAACGGGGUCCAGACCGGGACCAGGAGGAUCUGAACCGGUUUUCAAAAGACUGAAGGUGAAAUGUUGUGAGAAAAGCAGAAGAACUUAGAAAAUGGAGGACGACGUGAGUAAGAAAGGAGCUCUGUUCCUACAACAACAGAGAUUUGGAAAGAGAUGGAGGAAGAUUUGGUGCGUCCUGUUCAGAGAAAGUCACUGCUCCGUGUCCAGACUCGAGAUCUACGACUGGAACGAACGCAACGACAAAAGUAUACGCAAGCACCAGGACAGCAAGAAGGUGAUCCGUCUGUCCUCGUGUAUCCGCGUGACUCCGGUGGACGUGGACGGUUCUCCCAAAGACACCAGCGCGUUCCUGAUGGAGACCACGGAGAAGAUCUUCGUGUUCGCCGUGGACAGACUCCAGGUGGACGAGUGGACGCAGAAACUGUGCGAGAUCGCCUUCCCCGUGAGUUGGUCGAGUUUACCAGAGGACUUGAGGAACAGGUCCGACUCGAACCAGAACCAGAACCAAGGAGCCACGGCCGGGAUGGAGGACAACUCCCUGUACAGCCAGAGGGAGACAGUCCUGGUUCAGGACUUCCGGGUCUUGGUUCGUCGGACUGAAGCGUCGGAUCGGUGUCGGCUGAAGGGGGAGGCGGUGCUCCGGGCCGACGCCGACGCCCUGAUCCUCAUGGACAGGGGCGGACAGGUGCUCUUCUCCUGGCCCUACAGGUACCUGCGCCGCUUCGGCAGGGACAAGAGUUCGUUCUCGUUCGAGGCCGGGCGCCGCUGUGACUCCGGCGAGGGAAGCUUCGAGUUUGACACCAAACAGGGAAACACGCUGUUCGUUGCCGUGGAAACCGCCAUCAACCGCCAGCGCAUGUCCCUCCCCCACAGACAGGCCUCCACGGGAUUGGACGCUCCGGCGCCCGGGCCCCGCCCACAGAGACAGGCCUCCAUGGGGUUGGACGGCCACCCGCCAAUCACCCGCAGCCUCCCGCCCCGCCCAGAAGUCUGCAAGGACCCUGACCCGGUGUACAGUCUGGUGAACGACUUGGCUCUCCAGGUCACACAGAAGGACAGAGAGAUCUCGUCUCCGUCGCUGCGCCACCACCAGUGUCGUCUGGAGCCUCCGGUGGACAAAACUCUCACUGCAGUGAAGAGUCUGACUCUGGAGAACAGGGACCCGCCGGUGCACAGGAAGAGCCAGGUCAAAAUGAUCAGCAGCUGCCCCCUGCCCGGAGACCCCGCCCCCUCCGCCGCGCCGGGCCACGCCCCCUCCGCUCUGCCGGGCCCGCCCCCGCCGCCGCCGUACACGCAGGUCCCGGCGGAUCGCAAGAAGAAGAGCAAGAACCAGGGCAAGAACCAGGGCCCCAACGGAUCGUUUGAGGCCAGACGUGGUUUCGAGUCCGAGUACUCGCUGCCCUUUGACCUGGUGAUCCCUGACCUGCGGGAGCUGGGAGGGGCGGAGUCGAAGCGCACCCCGGCGGCCGACCCUCUGUACGACAGCAUCGACGAGUUUCAGAUCAGGAACGUGUUUCACAGCAACAGACCGGACCACAUCUACGACGAACCCGAGGGCUGCCAAAGCUCAGAUCCGGACAGCAGACCUCUGACGGCGUCCGCGGUGGCCGGCGCUUCCCUGUACGACGAGCCGGAGGAGAUGCGCGUGGAGGCCUGGAGGAUCAUGGGAACCGAGCAGGAUCCUAAAGGACACGAGUUUCCCUACAACCCCCGCGUGGACGACUACGCGGUGCCCAAGCGCCCUCAAAGAGCCUUCCCCGAGCCGCAGGACGGACCGGACCCCGACCUGAGCCACAACCAGGGCCUGGACCGGGAUUUGGACCAGGAACCGGACCUGGAGCACUACCAGGAGCAGGACGAGGAGGAGGAGGAGGAGCGGCCCGAGGAGGAGAAGAGAGCGGGGACACAUGGACAAAGUUUCUCCCUAUAACAACCUCCCGGUGCAGACAGAAGAGCUGGAGUCAUUUUAAGAAGAGCCGGGAUUGAACCGAUACCAAUAACUGAUAUUUGUCGAUAUUGAUUUAACUUUUGAAAUCCAUAAUAAGACCCAAAAAUGUUAAUCUUAACUCGAAGCAAAGAUCAGAAAGAAACGUGUGUGAAAUCCCCCAGGAUCCAAAAACAAAGCAGAAACUUGCUUCUCUCACUGGACUAAAGUUUUUUGAUUGAAAACGUUUCACAGCUCGUCCAAGAUUCUGUUUCAGUUCAUAAAAAAGUUUCAAGCUCUUCAUUGGACCUGCACGACUUGAACUGAAAUAAAUAAGUGCAAAACAUGAGGCUGUUCUAAAACUUUUGACCGGUCUUGUAUCUAUUUUAUCCAUCCAUGUUCUUCCUCUUAUCCGGGGUCGGGCUGUGGGGUCAUCAGUCUAAGCAGGGACUUCCUUCACCCCAGACACUUCCUCCAGCUCCUCCUGGGGAACCCUGAGGUGUUCCCAGGCCAGUCCAGAGACAUAGUCCCUCCAGUGUGUCCUGGCUCUUCCCCGGGGCCUCCUCCCGGUGGGACAUGAACACCUCCUGAAGGAGACGCCCAGGAGACAUCAGAACAGACGUCCUCCCCUCAGACGCUUCGCUCCACGUGGAGGAGCAGCGACUCUACUCCGAGCUCCUCACUCUGUCUCUAUGGUUACGUUCAGACUGCAGCCUGUAGUGACCCAAAUACGAUUUUUUGGCCUCUAUGUUCCUGUAUCUGAUCUUUUAAUGACAGUCUGAAUGACACAGAUCUGAUUUUUUCAAAUGUGACCCAGGACACUUGGAUAUGUGCUCCUGAAACUGAUACAUAUCUGAUCUUUUGACAUGUGACUUCAGUGUGAACGGUUCAUCCACCUACACGUUAUCAACAAGACACAAACGUCACUAUUCUGCGCUGAAGUAGGAGAAAAUUGUUAAUGAACUCCGUGUCACUGAAGUGAAGCACAUCAUCACUCACCACAAAACACCACCACCAAAAACCUCGUCCUUCUCCUUCUCAAUCUCCUCCUUAAAACAAGUAAGUUGUUCAUGUUGUGGCUCCGGUACGAGAGGAACUUUAAAAUCUCCAGGUGCUCGAUGCUGCGUCCAUGUUUGGACAACUUCUGUAAACACAGAGACGCUCGCUGCGGUUGACGUCGUCGUGUCUCCAGUGUCACAUGUGGGACACUUUUGGACCAUUUAACGUUCACACUGGAGUCACAUACAAGUCACAUUUAACUGGAAAUGUGAACAGCCAUAAUUCUUUUUUUUUUUCGAUAAUUCCCUUGUUUGAUCCUGAUGAGUCAUUUCCAGAGGAACGGUGAAGAAACGAAUCGUUUUAUUCCUUUCAGAGCGUCUAGUCCACAGGUGUCAAACAUAAGGCCCGGGGGCCAGAUCCGCCCUCCAAGAUCUUUAAUGUGGCCCUUGGGUGAUUUUAUACUAAAAUAUUUUAAAUGUUGAAAUUGAAUUUUUCUUAAAGUUUCAGGUUGUUCAUAAUAUUAUAAUAUUAUAAUAAGAAAUAGUUCAUCAAUUUAAAAAAAUUUCUGUAAUAGAUUUGUGUUUCUCUGCACAAAUAUUUGAAUUUAUUGUUAUUUUUGGGGUUUAUAUGACAUGAGUUUUCUGAUCCGGCCCCUUUAGGAUCAAAGUAGGUUGGAUACGGCCCCCGGACCAAAAUGAGUUUGACACUCCUGGACUAGAACAACCAAAUACACAACAAAACCUGCCCAUGUUUCUCCGAUGCUGCUGAAGUCAGUGACAUAGUGUUGCCCGGUGUCAUGGCGGCGUAGGGACCGUUACUAUAGGGGUCAUGUGACGGUGCAAAAGCCUCUAUAGUCAGGAAGAGAGUGAUGAUGAUAAUGUCCUGACGGAACAGAACUUUCAGUGCUUUAAAAUAGUCACUAUUAGUAAGUUUAAAAAAGCUGUAUUCUUUUAAUUAAAUUUUCAGUGUUCUCAUAGUCAUUUCAAUAAAUAGUAAACACCGUUGGAUAUUUUGUUGUAAUGUUUUGUAAUGAGUUUCAGUUAUGGGAUAUUUCAAUAACUUUUUCUCUUAUGAGGUAGAUUACCAAAAAACUCCAUCCAUCUGCUCCUGGUCCGGCCCUUCCGUCAAAUUUUAGAGCCUUUGUGGCCCACGAGCCGAAAGGUUUGCCCACCCCUGUUGUAGCGGUUCACUGUGAGUAACGACGAGAAGAAUUCAGAAGAUGUCGCUUUAUCCCGAGAGCUGAAUCGGCUCCUGUCGCCCGUAAACUCGCCAACACAAGGUUAAGAGUUGGACCAGCUCAUGUAACGGAACAAACCCGUUAUUUAAACACAGUCCUGUAGAGUCCAGCCUCUCCCGACGUUUAUUGCAGGUUGUUUCAAUAUCUCUCCAUCUGUCGCUUUCUCUCUCGAUAUUAUGAGUAAACAGAGACCAGGACUAAACCAGGACUAAACCAGGACUAAACCAGGACUAGACCAGGACUAGGACUAGACCAGGACUAAACCAGGACUAGACCAGGACUUAAAGCACUGAUCUUGUGUUUAAAGUGUAGGAGGAGAAGAGCUGGAGCUACAGUUUCCUCAUAAAGGUCAAGGCACUUCAGCCGAAACAGCGCCACCUGCAGUUUCCUGUUUCCUUUAACCCUUCUGUGCAAGUAUAAACUGUAUGUCUGUUUAUUUUGUCAUGUAUGAUAGUUUAAAUAUGACUAACUUAAUGUAAUGAUUCUGUGAUCUUAAACUGCUGUUAAUAAACCUGUGAAAAGGC